GAGUAGAAAGAGGCGGAGGUCCGUAGCCAUGUUGGCUCAAGCCUACAUGACUGAAGCGUUGUCCCUUUGCCUUGAGCUCAGUGGGUCACCGUACUCGGGCCAGUGACCUCAGAGUCUCUAGCUGACGUUCACGGUAACCAGCAUCUGUUGGCGAUAGACGGAGAGGGAUGGCAUGUUGCGGCAAUUCCUGGUUUUGUUGCAGGCAGUCGAGUGUCGAAAAUGGAAUGGAUUGCUUCACGCUGAGAUUCGUGGACCCAAUGAAGGAGGAAGGCUUCGCGCGCACACACAAGGCGGAGUUGUGUCACUACUUGGCGCUGGCGAUGGGCGCGAUGGCCGCGAUAGGCCUCCUGACAGGCUUGACUGCUCACAGAUUCUGGGACGACGCUCAGUAUCCCACGACGCAUGCGCAGGAGCUCAGCAAGUGGCAGAUGCUCAUCCACAUGGUCAUCAUCCUGUCCUUAAUCCUCGCUUUCGGCUCUGGGAGACUGCUUGCAAAUUUGAAUCUCGUUAGCACCCUGGGGUUGGAGAUUAUUGUCGUGUCUGCAAGUACCUGUUUCAUGUUAUUGAUGGUUAUCAUUCCGAAACACUACUUGGCGCGAGCGUUCGGCUACGAUGACCCCGAGGCCAUCUGGGGCGUGGACCUGGGCGGCACCGACGGCAAUGUGGUAUUGUACAUCGAUUGCGUCGUCACCGCUCUACACUUUCUCCUGCCAAUCCGCUGGGUCGUCCUCGUUCCUGUGGAGGUGAUUGCCGUCUUGGCCUACACCUUGCCCGCGCUACUGCUUGGCAGCCCAGCCAUGAGCAUGGUGCCCUAUAACAUCAUCGGGCUCCUGGUGCUCACGGUAUUCGCAGCAAUAGGGAAAAGGGCUUUCGAGAGGCAGGAGCGUGCGCUCUUCGCGGGGCUUCUAGCGGAGAAGAAGAAGCGCUUCCAGGCAGAGUUCCAGUUGUCCAGGGUGGAGGACAUCAGCAGCGAAACCUCCAAGGAUGCCAAGGAUGAUCGUGGAUCUGAGCGGUCCGCCGCGUUAUCACGCCCAGGGACGACCCUGAGCGAAGCGGCCUUCGAUGGCACUGCGGAAUUGGACCAGAUCCGUGCCAUCGGCAAUCGGGAGCAGUGGCUCAUUGCUGGCGGCGACGUGAAGCUUUUGCCCGAUAGGGUCCUCGGCGAAGGUGGCUUUGGCGUCGUUGUGGCUGGCUUGUACCACAACACCCUGGUGGCGAUAAAGGCCCCUCGGGAGGAAAUCAUGAGCAAGGGCGUUAUGAGCUCGUGCCUGCCCGAGCUCUGCAACGAGCUGAGGAUCCUUCGCCGGAUCCGCCACCCCAACAUCGCGGUCAUGUACGGGGCGUGCAUGGACGCUACCCUGCACAAGCUGUGCUUGGUGCUCGAGUUCGUGGACGGCAUGCCGCUCGGCGUGUUCGUCCAAGGCCUGUCCCAGGUCCCCAGCAAGCUUGCGGAGCGAAGCCGCGGGAUCGCAGAGGGAAACUUUGAUGGAUACCGCGACGGCAGCGCCUCCGCGCGAUCCUUAAUCGUUUUCGACAUUCUGAACGUGUUGCGCUUUUUGCACUCGAGGCAGCCCGCCGUCGUCCACGGCGACCUGAAGGAUUCCAACGUCUUCGUGGAGGAGCGGCACAGCAAGAGCGGGCGGAGCACGUACCACGCCAAGCUCCUCGACUUCGGCCUCUCGCGCCUGCUCACCCAGAACGCCAGGCCUCUUGGCGGCACGCUGCGAUGGAUGGCUCCAGAGCUGCUGGCGCGUCAGGCGGUGCCCCCCGACGCGACCGCCGACUGCUACUCGUUCGGAUUGCUGGCGUACUUCGUCCUGACGGGGUGCUUGCCGUUCAAGGAUCGGGACAAGGGCAAAGAGCAGGUGCUGAGCCGGCUCCGGCGCGGCCAGCGGCCCGGCCUGGCGUGGCCUACCUUUGCCGACGAGCUCACGCAGGCCGUCCGGCCCGUGGUGGAGCAGUGCACCCAGCCGAAGCCUGCCCUGCGCCCCACGGCGCAGAGGCUCGGCGACGAGCUGUCCACUGUGCUGGAGCGUUUCACGAGCGGGGCGAUGGAGAAGGUGGUGGAGACCGUCGGCAUCCGAAGGGCUGGCGCUGGCAGCGGGAAAGUCGUUUGGUGCCACCGCGGACCCAGCGCCUGGCAAGGAGCUCCAGGAGCUGUUCGCCGGACUGGUGGGCGUGAGCCAGGUCGGCAGCAGCAGCAGCAGCGUCAGGGUCGGCUCCCUCGUGCCGGGCAGGAGCUCCUCCAGGAAUCUGCCCUCGGUGCAGGAGCACGAGGUGCUGCUGCCGGAGGAGGCCCCCAAGGACGCCGCCGAGAGCGCGCACGAGCAGCUGACCCACCCACAGUACAGGCGGACGCCGCGGAACACGCAGACUCUCACGCUGGCGUACCUGCUCGCGCAGUGGAAUGUCUCUGCGCCGGCGGGCAGUUGCUGCUGGCUGCACGGCGCCCUGCAUUCGUUGGACAGGGCGCGGAGGCAGCUGCAGCGCAGGCCGUGCAACGUGCAGCAGGGCAGCCUGGUCUGCGGUCAGUGUGAUACCUGUGGGCUGAUGCUCGCGCACGGCGACUCCGCCUGCGAGUUCUGCGAAGUCCCAGAGGCCUCGGGCUCCGUGGACGAGUCCGCGCGCUCGAACGGCGCGCUCGCCGUCUGAGCCCGGUCUCUCUCCGCCCGCGCCUCCGGCGCCAGCCCGCGGCGGCGCCUCGCGGAGGAGCAGAAGUGCUCCGGGCGCGGCCGCCAGCGUGCACGGAGGGCGACGCUGGCAGAGUCAGGCACAAGCCCGACAACAGAUUUGACGCGGGCACCUCCCACGAGGGAGUGCCGCACGAGGGAGUGCCGCACGAGGGAGGGUCGGGAAGCUAGUCCGCAGCGGCGCAAUCGUCCUCGACGACGACCAGGCCCUCGCAGGUGGCGUCGAGGACGUGAGGAGCAAUGGAGGCAUCUAUCCUCGAGCUUCCUCGGAGGCGGUGGCGAGUGUCGCCGCCGAGGGCUGCCCGAGAGCCGCCGAGAGCCGAUCAGGGCCGUCAGCUCGAGGGCUUCUGAAUUUAUAAUUUUUCUGUGGGAUGGGUCCUCUGAGAGGCGGCCUCCCCUGCCCCUGGCUCGAGCAGAUGACUCGGGCGCCCUCCUCCUCCUCCUCCUCCUCCUCCUCCUCCUCCUUCUCUUCCUCCUCCUCCUCCUCUAGAUUGGUCUGAUGCUAUCCUAGUACAUGUUGGCUCGAUGUUUUCUGCUCCAGCGACCCAUGAUGCUGUUGCGUCGUCAUUUGGCCUGGCUUGGUGGCAGCAGUCGGAGCUGCUGUGGGGAAGCAUUCUCAUUAUCCUUCUCCUCGUCAGGGCAGUGUCUGGGCCCCCAUGCGGUGCGGGCGCGUGCCAGGCUUGCGCGCAGCCUCUGCUGCAGCUUCCUUCCGCAGUCCUCUAUCAGCUGGCUGUUUUCGCGACACCCCUGCGACAGCGUCGGGGCUCGCGGCCGUCAGGAAUUGGACGGGCA